UCUCGAUCCUCAUUGUCCUUCCUCAUAUCCUAUGCCCAUCAAAUGCCCCCCCUUUCACCAUGAGCGUGGUUGCCAGUAGUCGACCCGACACGGCUGCUGUGCCCUACGGUUCCAUGCCCCAGGACGCCCAUGUUCCUCACUAUCAUCCAACCUCCCCUUACGUCGCUCCCGCCCGUUCGGUCUCCAGUCGAUUCUCCUCCACCUCGUCCAUCAAUUCCAUUAAUACAACCUUUUCUGUCUCCUCAGCUCCCGCCUCCUUCUCUCCCAUAUCCCCUACUCCUCCCUUUCUCCCGUACAGCACUGCCUCCCGCCUCCCCCAUACUGCGGAGUCGCCCUUCAGACGUCUGCCGCCCAAUGUCUACGCCAGCAUCUUAAACCACUUGGAAUAUCUGCAUACGGGCCCACGCCAGGCCGGUUGUAUAACAUGUUUCCAACGAGAUCUUCACUCCCUCUCCCUGACCUGCCGGUCCUGGGAGAAGGCGGUCAGGGCUAAGCUUUAUAAUCGCAUUCACAUUCUCGGAAAUGAUUCCCCAUACCAACUGAAGAAAUACCGUCUAAAAAGAGGCAGUCGGUUGAAACUACUGCGACGGACCCUGCGUGAGAGGAAAUUGCUGGCCAAUCUCGUCUUGGAACUCCGGGUCCCGCAGGUGGACAUGCUGGUGGGAAAGGGCACCCAGUGGCAGGAAUAUCGAGACUUGGUGGCUUCCGUGGUCAUGGUCUGCCCCAACCUGGAACGGCUGCUGGGCUUGAGUAUUCCGUACAACCACGAAUUCGAUCGUUUGACAUACGCGCUGUCAACGCGGAAGAAGCUCAGGGAACACACUUGGAUUCUGGGGGAGCCCUCGGAGAUAUCCGAGGGCUCACCUCGGAGUAGCUCGUGCCCGGGUAGCCUCGGCCCCCUGGAGAUGUUCGAGUUCCUCAACUACCACGUCGCCUGGAUGAAUCUGCAGACCCUGAUGCUCUAUGCCAUCAAUGAAAGAAGCGCCUUGGAGCCCAGUGUCUUUCUUCGCAUGUUCAACCUCUUGCCCUCGCUCCGUAAUCUUUGCAUAUCGUCUUUUAAUGCCGAUGCAUUCGGGGAUAGCACCUUGGUUUGCCUGCCUCCGUUGGAAUCGCUUAGGCUGGAGCAUCUUCCGGGAGUAACCGACUCAGGAUUGUCGCAGUACUCGUCCUGUUCGGAAGCACAUUCACUGAAGUCGUUGACUCUCAUCGAACUAAGCAUUGACUCCUUACUGGUAAUAUCUAAGAUGCUGGCGUCUCUGCCACAAUUGGAACGGUUCACUAUAGUUCAAUCCAACAAAUCCCCGACUUUACCUGAUGGCGAAUUGGUCUUCCAGCCGCUUCUGGCGUCGUCAAGCCUCAAGCAUUUGCAUUGGGACAUCUCCAGCCCCCGGUCCACCAUUGCGCUCAGCAAGUUCGACCCCACUAGCCUGCUAAAGUCCCCAAGACAUUCCGAUUCUCCAAACUCUCACCUUGCUCAAAGCAUCCUGGCUGGUGGCUUCCCUUGUAUCGAGACUCUUCGUGCUCCGUCAGAUAUUGAGCCACUAGGUGCACUCCAGAACGUCUGCCAGCCUAUCCCAAAAGGACAGGCUAUCUUACCGUCUGACCGCUACAGCCUCCCUCGGAGUUCCCACGGGUCAGUCAGCACACGAGGAUCGGCUCUUCCUGCCGGAAAUAACUUGACCUCUGCCCGCAUUCGUGCCCAAACGUUGAUUGAGAUGGCUGCAAAAGACACAGAGGCCGGCGUGGAAGUUGUGAUCACGGAUUAUUCAGAUUCUUAUGUCCCGGACAUAUCUCCUGAUGAUGCGUCUUCUAUCGAUGAGGACGAGUCGGAAGUGGGCAUAGAUGAACUUGGGGGUGUUGCUUCUCAGCCACAACCAAAAGCCAGCGACUCGCGCUCCGAAGGUGUUGAGGGUCCUGUCAUCUUGCACGAAUUCAGGUUGCCUGCAUUCAUGGGCAGAGUGGGAGUAAAAGAUGUGCAGAAUCUGCCUAUUCCACGCUUCAUCCUUCAUCCGGAUAUCCCUGGUGCAGAUGUGGAUGGUGGUCUUGUCAGAUGGAGGCAUUUAUUGAGCUCAAACCAGUCCCUAACAUAUGCCGCUGGAAUUGGUACCAAUUGCUUCGCAAACAGAAGCACCUCGAGUUUUUCACCGAUUGAAGAGCCGCCGCCUUCGCCCGCCUCCUCUCGGUUUGGAUGGGGUUCUAUCGGUAGCCGGUCAACCGUGGCAAGCAGCCCUGUCACCUCCACUUCACCUUCUACUCCCAUAAGUAUGCCAUCACCCAUUGUCCCUCCUUGGGACAGAGACACCUGCACUGGCUCGUGGAAUUCCCGUCACAAGAAUGGCAGAGAUUGGUGGUACCACAUAGAGCGGGAUCGACCUGGGAGUGUGGAGAUUAUUGAUCUUCAGCAAUUCUUCUGAGUUGUAUGCCAUUUAUAUAUAUAUAUAUAUCUUUCCCUCCCUCUUGGAUUUUAUUAUUUCCCAUCAAAGUAUACCCAAUUGCAGUUUCAUUUGUUUCCAUUUUGCUUGAAAUUGUACCAAAUCCCGGGUUGGUAUUACUUUCUUUGGCGUUAUUACAGUGGCUAUUAUUUAUCCUGUUUCCCUUCUGAUCCGAUUCUCACGGUAUAUGCCCAUGGAAACGAUGGCGUAACGGACUGGGCUUGUUGGAAACGGUUUCUUUCAUUUCCUUUUUUUUUUUUUUUUUUUU